AGCGCUGGCGCCGUCAUGGCCUCCGCGCGCGCGCCGCUCUGCCGCCACCCUCACCGCCAUGGGAGCGCUGCAUGUACGCCCCUGCAAGGAUCCCACAGCGCUAAGCCAUCAGAUGGAGUGGGAAGUUUGCUGUCCUCUGAAGCAUGCCAAGGGGUUAGGAAACAGAAGAGUGUGGCAAAUCUGAGCAGUGAGAAGAGUGCACCCACCCCAGUAACUGCCAGGAGACUCACAUCUCUCGGAUCGACACCAGCUAAUGGGAUUGUGAAGACUAAAAAAGAUCUUAUGCUUAUGAAAGAGAAAAAGAAACAGAAGGCACUGGAGAAAGAGAUUCGUGCAUUAGUGAGAGAACGUGGAGAACAGGAUAAGAAACUUAAGGCUCUGGAUGAAGAUCUCGUUAAGAUUGAAGCCAAGCUGAGUGCUGCAGUUCAGGAGAAAACCUCUCUCUCAGCAAAUGUUGCAUGCCUGAAAAAACAGCUUCUGGAGAUAACAAGAAGCAAUGAACUACUAAAGUCAAAGCUGUCUGAAGAUGGUGUGCAGAAGAAAAUGAGCAGUCUGUGUAUGGAGUUGAUGAAGCUCAGAAACAUGAGGGAUGCUAAGGAAAAGACUGCACUGGCAAAGCAGGAAGACAUGGAAAUGAAGCUGCAGGAAGUGCAAAGGAAUCUAGAGCAUUCCAAAGGAAAAGUAGCACAGUUACAACAAAAAUUGUCUGCUACUGAGAGAGAGAAAGUUGAAGAAAAGUCUGACACUGAAAAACUCCUGGAAUAUAUUACAGAGCUCAGUAGUGUUGCAGAAACAGCUGAGAAAUACAAACUGGAAGUCACCCAGAUGGAGGAGACACUGAGUAAGAAAGACCAAGAGAUUGAGAUCCUGAGGAAUACCCUCAAAGCAAAAGAGGAAGAGUCAUGUAAACUGAUGAAAGACCUUAAUGAGAGGUGUCAAUUGCUUCAACAAGAGAAAGAGAAAGAGUUGUCAGAGGCUGAAGGACAAUUUUUGAGUAGGAAUGCUGAAAUAGAAGACCUGAAAAAAAAAAUUGAUUUGGUGGAACAAGAACACCAAAAACUGCUUCAGAAACAUCAGGAGGUCAUCUCUCAACUGCAGCAAGAGAAGGAGUCAUCUGCAUCAAUGCAGCAGAAGCUACUAGAGUUUGAAGAUGAAGUAACAAGUGAGAGACAUCUUCUGGAAGAAGAGCUGAAUGAUACCAUGAAGGAACUGAAUAAAUUGCAUGAGAAGGAGAAGAAAGCUGAAAAGCUGGUGAAGCGACUGGAACAAGAAAUCAAAUCUCAAGAUCUUCAACUUGCACAGAUGAAAGAAGAGUUGAAAGGGAAGAAUGCAGAGUUGGAGCAAAUCAAAGCAAUGCACAGCAGUGCUGUAUUGAAAAUCCAAGAGGAGCACAGCAAUACACUGCAGAAACUUGGAAAGACUAUUGCUGACUUUGAAAGCUACAAGAAAACAUCAGCUGAAGAAAUUUGCAGUUUUAAACUGGAGAAUAACUCUCUGCUAGAAGAAGUUGCCAGCCUAAAAAAAGUAGGCCAAGAGAAUCUGCAGUUGCUUCAAGAAGCAGAAUACAACACAAACAAAGCAAAUGAGGAAUGUGCAAGGAUGCUUUUAGAAGUCCGGACAAAGCUUGCACUAAAAGAAGCAGAAACAGAGAGAACAAAAGAGUCUUGUCUUGCACAAAUGACUAAACUUCAGGAAAAAUUUGAGGAGCAAACUGAAGAUCUGAAAAGAGAACUUGAAGCAGAAAGAUCAAGGAAAACCAUAAGUGAAGAUGUGACCUCUAGCUUAAAGGAAGAGAUCAAGACCUGGCGUAAACUGUAUGAAGACUUACAUAACAAAGUUAAGCCUUUUCAGCAACAACUAGAUGCUUUUGAAGCAGAGAAGAAUGCACUCCUGGAGGAGCAUGGGGCAGCCCAAGAAGAACUGAAUAAACUGAGUGAUGCAUAUGCUAAACUACUUGGCCACCAGAACAUGAAGCAAAAAAUCAAGCAUGUCAUGAAGUUGAAGGAAGACAAUGCCCACCUGAAGCAGGAUGUCUCAAAACUGCGUGCAUUGCUAGCCAAGGAAAAGCAAACCAACAGACAUCUUCAGGAGCAGCUGUGUGCAGUACAGGGCAUUAAACGUUUUGAUCCUUCCAAAGCUUUCCAGCAUGAUAGCAAGGAAAAUAUUCCUCUAAGAACACCUUUAAGAGAAGGUAAUAAAAACAAAAUUUGAAGUCUUCUUGAUAUUAAGAAAAUCAUCCAUAAAUUCGUGUGCUACAGGAGACUUCAACAGACUGCUUCUUCAAGGUCAACUUGGAUGCUGUAUAUAAUACAAAUCAGUAGGAGCCCUAGAGGAAUGAUCUAAAAUUAUAUAUUUUUAGAAAAACUAUGUUUUACUGAGAAGCAACAGGUGACAGUACAUUCUUGACUCCUGGUAUCAUCAAUAUAGGCAUGAACUCUGAAAAGUGUUCACUGUUGCAUGUUUUGGAUAUGCUGAGGCUGCUUAAUUAGGUUUUGAACAGAGCAUUUUAAAUUUGGAAAAGGAGAAUAAGCA